CGUCUACUUUAGUCAGUCCUCAUUGAUAGAGAUUAAACAAAGCGUAGAGCUAAGUGCAGGAAACCCUUUAUUUUCGUAUUUUUUCAAUUAAUCCAUUAUUUGAUGUGUAUAAGGGAUAUGAAGACAACACCUAUUGUUAUAUUCUUGGUAACGAUUGUUUUGAUUGUUAAAUUCUUAUUCAUCGUCCCAUUGAUCGAAAGCUGUAUACAGCAUUUCUAUGACUACGACUACAUGGGAAUCCUCUAUUUUCCUGCAUUGGAAGUGUUCGGUCCCAGACAGACCACAGUUACGACCAGUUAGGACCAGUUAAGACCACAUUAUAAGAAAAUAAUUAAUUUCUUAAUUCAGUUUCAAGAGACCAGUGACUAUAGGAGUUUACGGUCACCCUUCGCAUGACUCCAGCCAAUAUGAUCUUCUAGUUUAUCGAGUAGCUCUGACAGAUGACGGCGUAUUCGAUGAAAACUUGAUAAAUUCCGUACAGAGAAAACCACUGAAGACAAUUAGCAGAAGUUCACUGAUUCUCGCAUUGUUAUCGACAUUAUUGGAUCAAUUUAUUCAAGUACUGUUUUAAAAAUGUUGGAGUAUGAAAAGCAGAUGUUCCUGGAGGUCCUCCAGGAUGAUGGCCUCCUGAUAUCGGCAAAAGGACUGGGACUGGAAAUCGUUUUCACAAAUAUAUUGAAGGUGUACUCGGACCCCGGAAAUUUGGUGAUUGUCUUAGGGAUGACUGAUCAUGAUGAAAAUUUUUUUAUGGACAAGUUGAAAGAAAUGAAUGUGAAACCAUUGCCGAAAAUAAUGAGUGCACAAAGUUCGUCAGCAGAGAGGGAGAUACUGUAUCUUGAGGGCGGAAUUGUUUUCAUUUCUGGACGGAUUUUCGUCGUUGAUAUGCUAAAACAUAGAGUCCCAUUGAACUUAGUGACUGGAAUUUUGGUAUGGAGGGCCCAUGCAAUAAUGAAUUCGUAUCAAGAUGCUUUUUGUCUUCGAUUGUAUAGGCAAAAUAAUAAAACUGGUUUUAUUAAAGCCUUCUCCAAAUCCGUAUUAGCCUUCACAGCAGGCUCUGCACCAGUUGAACGUCUUAUGAAAACUUUGUUCGUUAAACAUUUAUUUCUUUGGCCCAGGUUUCAUACUACUGUUACAACCAGCUUGUCGGUCUGCAAGCCGGAAGUCAUUGAACUUCAUAUAAGAUUAACGGAGAAAAUGCAAAGAGUUCAAGCAUGUAUUCUUGAUAUAAUGAAUUUCAUUAUCAAGGAACUUAAGAGAUUAAACAAAUAUUUAGAUCUGGAGGAAUUAACAGUUGAAAAUGCAAUUGGAAGGAAAUUUUACAAACAAUUGCAACAUCAACUCGACCUAGUUUGGCAUCAACUUGACUCCACUACCAAGCAGCUGGUGGCUGACUUGAAAUUACUCUGCACUUUUCUCACCCAAUUAACGCAGGAAUCCUCAGUUUCCUUCUACGCUUCAAUAACUCGAUUAAGAACAUUGGAGCAUGCUAUGAAGUCUAGUGGAUGGCUGAUUUUGGAUUCGGUCGAAGAAUUAUUUGUUCACUCAAAGAGUAGAGUUUACAAUAAUAAAAAUGAAUUCUAUCCGGAGCCAUGUCCAAAGUGGAAGGCCUUAUCUGAAAUUCUCAAGGAAAUUCAGAUGAACACGAAUGAAAUAGUUGACAAGAGUGAAAUUUCUAACAAGGUGUUAGUUUUAACACCUAAUGCAAAAACAUGCGCACAACUGAAAAAUUAUUUAACCAUGGGGGCUGGCGAAUAUGUCUUAUGGGAGGCCAUGAAGUGUUUUAAGACAUCUGAAUUCCUCAAGUUGAGCAGCGGAGAAAAAGAGCAAAUCACUACCGAAAGCCCUGAAACAGUGGAUGACAUUGUUGGCGAAGACAGUUAUGUGCUCAUGUACACACAGCAGCCAGUUGUAGAAUCUGCUUCAAUGGAAGAAGAACCGGGUUAUUCUCAAUUUCAGGACUGUUCACAGAUGGCAGAUAGUGAUAUUGGGAAUUCACCCGGAAAUGAACCGAUUCUGUUAAUUCAAUCGGUGAAAAGGAAUGGUGAUCCAAUGACUCUUGAAAGGACCCUACAAAAGCAUACACCGAGCUAUGUGAUAUUAUAUGGAGCGGACAUAACAGCCAUUCGGCAACUCGAAGUUUAUCAAAAUAAUCAUCCGACCGUUCCGCUAACAAUUUAUUUUAUCAUUUACGGAGGAUCGGUUGAAGAACAAGGAUACCUGACAUCAUUGAGAAGAGAGAAGGAAAUAUUUGAGAAAUUGAUCAAUAUAAAACAGACGAUGAUCAUACCAUCCGAUCAAGAUGGCAAAUCAGGAGAUAACUUGAAUGUUUCUACUGAGUCCAAAGAUUCAAGUUCUCGAAAAGGGGAAGGAGAAUCCACCAAUGCAAUUACUCCAAAAGUAAUUGUAGAUAUUCGAGAAUUUCGGAGUGAACUUCCAAACCUGCUGCACAAACGGGGAAUUGAUAUAGAGCCAGUUACGAUAUUGGUUGGUGACUACAUUCUUACACCGGAAAUUUGUGUGGAGCGAAAGAGCAUAUCGGAUCUCAUUAUGUCCCUGAAUUCUGGAAGAUUGUAUCAUCAGGCUGUAUCAAUGAGUCGAUACUAUGCUAAACCUAUGCUGUUGAUUGAAUUCGAUCAGAAUAAAUCGUUUUGUUUGGAGGGGAAUUAUUAUAUGACUAAAGAUGUACAAAGUGUUGAGAUAACAGCAAAACUUCAACUACUCACAUUAUAUUUUCCAAAAUUGAAACUUGUGUGGUCGCCUAACCCUCCAGCAACAGCACAACUAUUCCAAGAAUUAAAAGAAGGUAGAGCACAACCGGAUGCUCAUAUUGCUAGACAAAUUGGAGCAGAGGCAGAUGUUGAAGAAAAAAACUAUAUGAGGGAACGAUUCAAUAUUAAAAUCCAAGAUUUCAUCGCAAAAUUACCUGGAAUUUAUUCUAGGAAUUUACGUGUCAUCUUAAAUAAUGGAGUUUCUUUAGAUCAUCUCAUCACACUUUCCGAGGAGGAAUUAACGAAAAUCAUAGGAAACUCAACUGAUGCCCAAAUGUUCUAUCGUGCAUUACAUGAGAAAUUCAUACCACCAGAAACUGGAGUGGUUACCAGAAUGACCAGAGCAGCAACAAAAAUAAAAAACAAGGGGUUAUUUCCAUCGAAGAAGAAAGAAGGAAAAUAAUAUGACCUCUUAGAUGAGUUGCAUAUUAUUAUGUGAAAAAAAAACGUGUUAUCACGAAUUUUGGCCUAUAUAAUCCAGGCAUCAGAGGAUGAAAAUCAGCUCAUUCUCCCACACAGAAGAUGUAAUCAAAAGAAAUUUUUUUCAACACAGCUGUAUAGAAAGUUCUACAUUACUCCCCGAUGAGCGGGAGUAAGUGAGCACUUUUCCCGUUUUUUUGGUAGAAAGUACUCACUUUCCUUCGGCUCUUCAGACAACAAAAUAUAAAGUUUCCUUUGCAGGCAUUUUGAAAAAAAAAGCAUCGGCACCGCCCUUGAUGCACAAUAUAUUCUUAUAAUCGUUAGUUUUUAUGUUCCAAGUUUCGAUUAGCAAAUAAAAGACUUUGUUGCCUCUUCCUCUUACGACUUUGGAGGUAUCGAUUUUAUGAAACACAUAUCCACGGCAAAAAUAUAGCUUGUUAAAUUUUUAAUGAGAUACAAUUCAUCAUUUUUUUUUCUGGAAUAAUAGUUGCCGAAGAAAUAGGUAUGACGGAUCACAUGCAAGUCGCCAGCAAAGGCGCCGUCGAUCCAUCUGGUGCUUCGAUUUUUAGACCAGGAUUACCUAGGGAAAUGUUUCAUAAAGAUGUAAUAACAAUACUUGUUUGUCAGAAAAUAAUAAAAGUUUUUUAUCUGUUUCACUACAAAGACAA